CAAAACGGAAUAGUGUUUAUGAGAAUUCGCGAUAGCUUCGGAGGACCAUGCAACUCGUGACAGCAAUGAGCGCUAAGUUACCGGGGAUCCUGCGACAGUGCAAUGCGAGCACGCGCUUAUUCCGCGGAAACCGGUCGGCUUCGGAUUAUCGUACAUUACUGCCGAUUUACGCCAGAUUGACACGAACAGAGCACUCAGGUUAUAGAUCAGGAUUACUUAGAAGUACCCGAAUUCACCCCGCAGUGACAUCGGUGAGAUUUUUCACGACGAAAAGAUACUCCGAUCGAGACCCUCCGAGUGAUGGCAAUGGAGAACAAUCUGGAGAUUAUCCUGCUUCACUGCCUGCAACUGUAGUGGUGCCUGAAGUAUGGCCUCACGUACCAGUCAUUGCUAUCAAUAGAAAUCCAGUAUUUCCUAGAUUUAUUAAAUUAAUUGAGAUUAGUAAUCCAAUUCUAAUCGAUUUAAUACGUAGAAAGAUAAAGCUAAAUCAGCCUUAUGUAGGAGUUUUCUUGAAGAAAUCCGAAGAAAAUGAAGCUGAUGUCGUUCAAAGUUUAGAUGAUAUUUAUCCGAUUGGAACUUUUGCUCAAGUACAUGAAGUGCAAGACUUAGGAAAUCGGUUAAGAUUAGUGGUUAUGGCACAUAGAAGAAUCAAGAUUGUUAAUCAAAUUUUUGAGGAUGCCAAUCCAAAAGUAGAACACGAGAUGAAACUGACAUUUCCACUAUUAAAUACCACAAUUACCGUUCCUGCAGACGACACAAUGACCAGUAACAAGAUUAACCGGAGAUCAUUGCGUAAAAAAGAGAAUAGACUUGUAGAACGAACUGAGAAAAUAGAAAAAGUCAAUGAAACAAGCUCUACGAAAAUAAAACCGUUGGCACUGGAGAAGAAUACGGAAAAACCAUUAGUUUCAUCAAUUCCUCAAUCUGAUAGUCAACCUAUAUUAAUGGUGGAAGUUGUAAAUGUCACACAUGAAAAGUUUAAACAAACUGAGGAGAUUAAGGCAUUGACGCAAGAACUCAUUAAAACAAUCCGAGACAUAAUUAGCAUGAAUCCUUUGUAUCGCGAAUCUUUACAACAAAUGCUACAUCAGGGACAAAGAGUUGUAGAUAAUCCUGUUUAUCUUAGUGAUUUAGGCGCUGCCUUAACUGGAGCAGAUGCACAGGAAUUGCAACAAGUUUUAGAAGAAAUGGAUAUUCUAAAAAGAUUGAGAUUGUCACUUGCACUUUUGAAAAAAGAAUAUGAAUUAAGUAAGUUACAACAGAAAAUUGGUAAAGAGGUUGAGGAGAAAGUAAAACAACAACAUAGAAAAUACAUUCUUCAUGAACAAUUAAAAGUUAUUAAGAAAGAAUUAGGGUUGGAAAAGGAUGAUAAAGAUGCGAUAGAAGAAAAAUAUAGAGAAAGAAUAAGACAAAAGACAGUGCCUAAACCAGUUAUGGACGUGUUGGAAGAGGAAUUGAAUAAACUUUCUUUUUUAGAAAGUCAUAGUAGUGAAUUUAAUGUUACAAGAAAUUAUCUCGAUUGGCUUACGUCUAUGCCAUGGGGUGUGACAAGUACAGAGAACUUAAAUCUUCAAGAUGCCGUGAAAAUUUUGGAUGAGGAUCACUAUGGAAUGGAUGAUAUAAAGAAAAGAAUACUUGAAUUUAUUGCUGUUAGUCAAUUGAAGGGCAGUACUCAAGGAAAAAUAUUAUGUUUCUAUGGGCCUCCGGGAGUUGGCAAGACCUCGAUAGCUAAGUCAAUUGCUCGUGCUUUGAAUAGAGAAUAUUUUAGGUUUAGUGUCGGCGGAAUGACGGACGUGGCAGAGAUUAAAGGACAUAGGAGAACAUAUGUGGGAGCCAUGCCAGGCAAAGUCAUUCAAUGCUUGAAAAAGACCAAAACUGAGAAUCCAUUGAUUUUGAUAGAUGAAGUCGACAAGAUUGGCAAAGGACACCAAGGAGAUCCGGCAUCUGCUCUCCUUGAAAUGCUCGAUCCAGAACAGAAUGCAAACUUCCUGGAUCACUAUUUAGAUGUUUCAGUAGAUUUAUCGAAAGUACUAUUUAUUUGCACAGCAAAUGUAACAGACACUAUUCCGGAACCUUUAAGAGAUCGUAUGGAGAUGAUAGACAUGUCCGGUUACGUUGCUGAAGAAAAACUUGCUAUCGCGAAACAAUACUUAGUUCCACAAGCUAGAAAUGAAUCUGGUCUCAGCAAAGAACAAAUCAACAUACAAGACAAUGCACUCACGGCAUUAAUCAAAUCUUAUUGUCGAGAAUCAGGAGUGAGAAGUUUACAGAAACAUAUAGAAAAAGUGCACAGGAAAGUGGCAUUUAAAGUUGUCAAGAAGGAAGUCGAGACAGUCGAUAUUACUACGGACAACUUGCAAGACUUUGUGGGCAAGCCUGUGUUCACGCAUGACAGGAUGUACGAAACAACGCCUCCUGGAGUUGUGAUGGGAUUAGCGUGGACUGCCAUGGGCGGGUCCACAUUAUUCAUCGAAAGUACCAUCAGAAAACCAACGGGAGGUAAAAAAGCUGAGGGUACAUUCGAAGUCACUGGUCAUCUGGGUGAUGUAAUGAAGGAGUCUAUACAUAUCGCCAUGACUGUAGCAAGGAAUUAUUUGAAACAGGAGGAUCCUUCGAAUACAUUUCUGUAUGAUUCUCACUUGCAUAUACAUGUGCCUGAAGGUGCAACCCCAAAAGACGGCCCUAGCGCAGGAGUGACGAUUGCUACUGCAUUGUUAUCCUUAGCUAAAAAUCAAGCUAUCAGGCAAGAUGUUGCAAUGACAGGCGAAUUGAGUCUUAUGGGCAAGGUUCUUCCUGUUGGUGGUAUCAAAGAGAAAGUUAUUGCAGCGAAGCGAGUCGAUGUUAAAUGCAUAAUUUUACCUGAAGAAAACAAGAAAGAUUUCAACGAUCUACCUAAAUAUAUCACAGAUGGCCUAGAAGUGCAUUUUGUCUCGACGUUUAACGAUGUUUAUCGUAUAUGUUUCACAGAAACAAAUGAAACCGAUUCUCUUCGAUCUGCUAAGCCAUUCACUGAUCAUACUUCAUCCGCACAACCAACAUUUGGAUAAAAUAAUAUACAAGACGGAUCAUUCCGAAUCAGACGUAGAUAUGUUUG